AUGGGCAAGAAGAAGUCAAGUAACAAAACCGCCGCAAGAAAGCGCUUCCCUGUUGGCGAACUUUCUAGAAAAAGGCAAGAAUUAAAGGAAAUUUUCUUAGCUAAAAAUGCAAGCCUGCAAGUUGCCAAAAAAGAUAUUGAUAAUGUUUCAAAGAGGGUAAGUACUGAGUGUUCAUCAAACUCUACAUCUACACUAAUCUUUCAGUUAAUUUAAGACUGCAGUGGAUUUCUUAGUGCAUUAAAGUAUGCUAGAUAUAAGAAAUAAUUAAAAUAUAUAUUAAAUGCAUUGGUUCAGCAUAUACUAUAAUAAAAUAUAAAUUCUAUAGUAAUUAGCAAAAAAUGUUCUUCUGCAGAUUAAACGCCAUAAAGAAAAAAUUGUGUUGCUCAGUGUAGAAGAACAGUCCUUACAAGCAAAAAGGAGGAAACUUGAAGAUAAAAAGACCAAUAAACUACGAGCAAGUCUGAAAAGGAAUUUGACCAUAAGACGAAAAGCACCCUCUAAGUUAGAUCCACAUAACUCAGAGAAACUUCAAUGUUCUCUCUCAGUUCGGUCAAACAGAAGAAGACGAAAAGAAACCUUAGAUGUCUGUCAGAGUAUACAUGGGGAUGCCGAAGGUAAUAAUGGAAGUGCUUUAACCCAUUGAGUUGCAUUGCACCCUGAUGCACCCUACGUUAGUAUUUUACUCUGUCUAACGCCAGACGAUUUUACUCAUCAAUGGGAGAACGCUGGCGCUUAAUGGGUUAAUUAAGUUAAGACAUGUAAAUAAGUACUUGCUGUCUGGCAAAUGUAAGCUUCGCUAGAUCAGAGUCCAGUACCUUGAUAGUAUUUUGUAAAUGAAACUGCCCAAGGCCGGACAUUUUCAAAACAUUUGAAACCAGUGAUCUAAAACAUUGUAGCUAGAUUAAGACUGAUGUUUAUUUGAAAGUAGCACUAAUUACGGCUUUAUGAAAUGAAUUUUUUUCUUAACCCAUUUACCGGCAGUAUGUACUCUACCACUGACGAGUAAAAUCAUCUAGCGUUAAACAGAGUAAAUACUAAAGUAGGGCGCACUGCCUGCUAACGGGUUAAUUGACUGCACAUCCAUGGCGUGCGGUUUGCUAGCUAUUACCCAGGAGUAGAAGCUAGUGAUAAUUUUGUUUUGAAAAACUUGCAGCUGCGACAUUCUAUUUUUAGGAGAAACCUCUGCAGCCCUUGAUGGUAUGUGGGCAACUAUGGUUAAUGAAAGUACAUCUGGCCGACUAGAAACAUAUCUGGACAAAUCACGAAAGAUACGUAGUAAGGUUAUCCCAUCCUUAAUGAGCAAACAAGUUAAAGAGUAUCAAGAUAGCAAUGACAACAUGUGUCGCAGUUUGAAAAUUCUUUAUGAGGAUGGCCUUCUUGCUAAAAAGAAGUAUAAGUCUAUUUGUAGAAAUGUCAAAGCAACAGUGGGUCAAUCAAUAACCAACCCAAAACUUGUUUAUUAUGACAAGUUGAUUGCCUUUAUAAAAUCAGUAGAUGUUCAAAAUGUUCAUGAUUUUGCAUCUGAGUUUAACAAGGAUACAAGUAAAUUUGAGGAACCAAUUAAUGGGUCCUAUAGGGAUUUCUGCAGUUACAUAAAAGUGUUAGCCGAACUAUAUAUACAAGUAGACCAAGCAUUAGGGUCUGAGUCGUUUUUCCAACAUUUUGGAGCAUUGCCCUAUCACUUUAGAAUUGCUAUUGGAGCGGAUGGCGCUCCAUUCGGAAAAGAUGAUGAAGCCACUGCUUGGCUUGUUUCGUUCUUAAAUGUGGGUAAGCAUAUUCAAAGUGAAAGGGACAAUUUCCUUUUAUGUGGGGCAAACUGCUCAGAAAAUCACCCAAGCAUGAAACAGUACGCAAAGAAAUUGAUGCAAGAUAUCGCACACAUUGAGACACAGUCAUACAUUAUCAGCGGUUUUAAUUGUAAAUUUACAGUUGAACUUGUUCCCUCAGAUAUGAAAUGGCUAUCCACAAUGAGCGGAGAGCUCAACAACGCAGCUUACUAUUUUUCCCCUUUUGGAAAUGUAAAUGAUGACAACAAACGGUCAGAAAUGGAUCCCUAG